AUGACUCAGAAUGAACCACUAAUAGGCUUUUUCCUUACAGGUGCUGAGAUGGAACGUAUAUGUUUGAUUCUUUUGCUAAUAAGUAACAUAUUAUUAGUCAAUGCUCAAUUCAAUGGAUACAACUGUGAUGCCAACUUCCACAGUCGGUUCCCUGCUGAACGGGACAUCAGUGUGUACUGCGGAGUCCAGACUAUAACUCUGAAGAUUAAUUUCUGCCCGGUGCUCUUCUCUGGUUACACGGACACCGACCUGGCCCUAAACGGUCGGCAUGGUGAUGCCCAUUGCCGCGGCUUCAUCAACAAUAACACCUUUCCCACCGUGGUACUGUUCAGCAUCAGCCUCAACACACUGGAGGCCUGCGGCAACUCCCUGGUGGUCUCCACAGCUCAGGGGGCCAAUGCCUAUGGGAAUCUGUCCCUGGUGCAGAUUGGCAACAUAUCAGGGUACAUAGAUACGCCAGACCCCCCCACAAUCAUCAGUUACCUUCCAGGCCUACUGUAUAAAUUCAGCUGCAGUUACCCUCUGGAGUAUCUUGUGAACAACACACAGCUUGCAUCGUCUGCAGCUGCAAUUUCGGUGAAGGACAGCAACGGCACUUUUGUGAGCACUUUGAGUUUACUCCUCUAUAAUGACUCCACAUACAUCCAACAACUGGCCAUCCCCAUGGCAGGGCUCACACUGAAGACACGAGUGUUUGCCGCAGUCAAAGCUACUAAUCUCGACCGAAGAUGGAAUGUUCUGAUGGACUACUGUUACACUACUCCCUCUGGGAACCCUAAUGAUGAGCUGCGCUACGAUCUUUUCUUUGGCUGCGACAGGGACCCCCAAACGACUGUCUUUGAGAACGGAAAGAGCCAAAUGGGCCGUUUCUCCUUCGAGGUGUUUCGUUUCGUCAAGCACAAGAACCAGAAGAUGUCAACUGUCUUCCUGCACUGUGUGACCAAGCUGUGCCGAGCCGAUGACUGCUCCACUCUAAUGCCGAUCUGUGGCAGAAGAAAGAAGCGGGACAUAACUGAAACAACAGAGACUAAUUCAGCCUCUGGAAAUGCUGUUUUAAGUGCUGGACCAAUCAUCACCAGAAGUGAUGAAACUCCCACCAACAACUCACAGCUAGCUCAGUUAAAUAGCCCUCCAUUCAGGAUGAACUCAGUGACCAGCGCUCUAAUUUCGGGCAUCAUAAUCCUGGGUGUGAUGAGCAUGUGCUUUUUCAUCUUCUCACUCACUCUGCUGAAAGGCAAACGACUCCCUCCAACCCCAUUACCAGGAGCGCACAACCCUGCUUUCCGUUGA